CUGCAAUCUCUUUCAUUCCUUCCUUUUCCAUGCUUAUCAUGCUUCUCGGCAGAACUUCGCUUCCUCUUGGCUCUCUUCUGUACUCACCCAUGUGCUCUAUCUAUCUUUUCAUCAAACUGAGAACCGCAUCAUUUCAAUUACUUCUAAUAAUUUCUACUGCAUCUCCACCUUAAAUUUCCUCUUUCCAUAUCCAUUUCUACUGGGUUUUGCUUAAUUUGUUGUUUUACUGGCUGGUAAUGGAGGAUUCUUUAUGUUCUCAAUCAAGAAACUCUUUAUUGAUACCACCGUGUGAUUUUUGCAACUCUAAUGUUGCUCUUUUGUACUGUAAGGCUGACUCUGCGAAGCUCUGUUUCCUUUGUGACCACCAGGUUCACUCUGCAAAUGCUCUCUCUCUCAAGCACCUCAGGUCACUCAUUUGUGACAAUUGCUGGGCUGAAUCAGCCUCAGUUCAGUUCUCAUUGGAUAAUCUUGUCCUCUGUCAAGAUUGUGAUGCUAGCUUCUCUGUUUCACCACCUUUUCAUAGUCGAAUUCCUAUUGAAGGCUUCACGGGAUGCCCGCCAGCCAUUGAGCUCGCUUCUCUAUUUGGGCUUGAUUUGCAACCGAAAAUUUUUACGACUUCAGAUACCGGGUGUUCUUUGUAUGAGCAAAAAACGGUAGAUUUGCAAGAUUUGUUGGUUCCAAGUGGUAGUUCUUCAGUUUUCUUGUGCUCUGGCAAGUGUAGGCGAGAAAUGCAUCAGCAAUUGAUGGAGUUGGGCAAGAGGGAAAAUAUAAGAGUGGAUGGAGAUGCAGAAGAAUUGGGGCCUGAGACUCCGCCAAGUAGAUGUGCACAGCUCCGGAGUUUGGAGAGUCUCGAAGUGGAUAAUGUGGAUGAGGAAGAAUUGCUUAACCAACAAGUGCCGUUUACUUCUGUGUUGCCCAAUCAGGAAGGUGCAAGCGACAGUGAGGGAGAUCUUUUGUGGGAUUGUGAUCCACCAUAUCAGGCAGCUCAGAUAUGGGAUUUUCAACUGGGAGCAACAAGAGAUUGUGCAGAACCUGGUCCAAAAGAAGCAGGAGACAAUGCAAAGGAUCCUGGCCUCAGGAUCAAGAAUUAUGACAACCUUACUGAAGAAGCUGCCUUCAAUACAAGAAAACUGUCGGAAGACAUAUAUGAACUAAAUUUCUCUACGCCCUCUGAGAAUAUACGGUCAAGAGAUAGUUGCUCUAAUAAAAAAUUGUCCAUGGACACAGCAAGAACAGGAGAAACUGAAACUACAUCCCUAAUUGAACCAUCAUUAGAAUCCAUAUUAAUGGAGGCCAAAACUUGCACUAGCCCCAGUAAUGUGCAGGUAGCGGAGAGGUCUCCUCUGGCUUGUUUUGGAACUGCAUUCAGGGUGAGACCAAAGGUGGACAUGGAACUUCUUGCAAAGAACAGAUGCAUUGCCAUGUUACGAUACAAGGAGAAAAAGCAAACUCGAAGAUUUGAUCAUCGUGUUCGCUACGAGUCAAGGAAGGCUAUAGCUGAUACGAGGACAAGAGUGAAAGGGCGCUUUGCGAAGGCAGGUGAAAAUUGCUGAUGUUCAUGUGAUGGAAGAAUGUUUCUGAUAGUUGUGUUCCCUGGAUUCACUCUGUGUACAUAUAUGAAGCAUUUUCCUCAAUAUCCAGUCAAAUGUCGGACGACUGGGCUGGAGUGUGAAACUUGCUGGAGUGAAUAUCUGCAGAUAGCUCAACUCGAGACUGAGAUCAUGUCUGAUAUCAUAUUGAUAAAAUGUAUCAGAUUUAACUCCAAAAAACACUUUAUGAAAUGAGAAUUGCCAUAAUCACAUAUGAAUUAUUUUGCUU